AUGAAGAUUUUAACAGCUGAAGAAAUCAGCGAACAUAAAGCAUAUACUCUAAAAGGUGGUUUUCUAGGUUGUGUUGCUGGUGUAGCCAUUUCUUUUGCUGGUUUGAAAUAUUUACCACGCAAAUUCCCAAACUUUAAACCACGUACAUUGCCAUGGUCGUUACGUACUGCAAUGUUUAUUACUCCACCAACUUUAUUAACUGCUAUCGCAGCCGAGGAAGCGUCAAAUAAAUUCGACCAAAUAAGAUAUAGUGGUGAUUAUAAAGAAAAAGAGGAAAAAGAACAAGAAUUAGAAUGGGCAAAAAUGUCUUCCACCGAAAAAGCCGUUACUUCUUUGUCUAACCACAAAUAUAAAAUUAUCACUGGUGCUUGGGCCACGUCCCUUUAUGCUUCGUGGCACAUCAUCAACAGAGAUCCUAUUAUGACCAAGCCACAAAAGAUUGUUCAAGCUAGAAUGUACGCGCAAUUCAUCACUGUUCUUUUAUUAUUAGGUACUAUUGCUUUGUCUACAUGGGAAGCCUCUAUGACUGCCGGUAGUACUGUUGAAAAGAGACAAAAACAAGAAGAACAGAGAUGGAAACACGCUUUAGAAGCUGCUGAAAGAGAAGAAGCUAGGUUAGCUGAGGGUGCUAUUAAAAAAACCGGCUUCCAAUCUAAUGAAGAAAGAAUCAAUGCUAAGAUCUUCAAGAGUUAG